AAAACGGUUCCGAAGUGGUUUUGAUUUGUGUCUUUUCAACGAAUUUAAUCCACAUCUCGGUAACCGUAAGGCUCGUGAUGCUGCGUACUGUAGUUACCUGUACACACCUGUGGGAGUGAACCCACGCGUCAUUUCUCUAAAGAGCGCGCGCCGCUUCCUUAAACAUACACGCAAGGCUUUCACGUCGAGCCACAACGACACAAAUUUCCCGAAACAUUGUCGUUUUUUUGUGUAUUUGAGAUAAUAAUAUGGAAACGAUUACUUUUCUUUUGACUGGGUGAUAUACUGUGUGAAAAGUGGUUAUAAUUCAAUGGCAAUAAUGCGGAUACACGGCUAUGUCAUUGCCUUGAUCCUAAUCUCGGGAACAAAGGUUGUAGCUCAGAGCAUCCCGGCCCCCAGCAAUGUGUCCAUAACGUGUGACAGCUAUAACGUUGAAGUACACUGGGAAUAUCCAAAUCUCGAAGGUGUUCACUUCAAGGUGGAAGUGCGGGACUCUAUGAACGGAAAAGAAUCACAAACUACAUCUGAUCAUUGGAUAAACAUAUCCAACAUGUUGAAGAAUCCAGCGUUCAAUCGCUAUGUUGUGCAUGUGACAGCCAUACAGGGGAACAUAUCAAAUAAACUCAUAUCAGAUGUAUUCAGCUUUAAUGAGAAUGCCGUGAGCACUAUUAAGUGUCGGUUGGAUUUUCCUGAGGUUUCGCUGUCUGCCAAAGAAGGAAAACUUCAUCUAGAGUUCCCCAACCCUCUGCACCUGUACAAAAACACACCGGCUCUCCGCAAUAACACAGAAAUACUCUCUUAUGUUGCUGAAACAGAAGAGGUUAAUAUCACAAAUAAAUGGGAGAAAAGUUGCGGAUUUGAGUUUAAAACAUGCGAGACUUCAAUCGCCUUUGCAGAGGAGAGAGAAGAAUACUGCGUCAACCUAACAGGAAAAAUUGGACAACGAUCACUUAAGGACAAGAAACAGCAGUGUUUCAAGGGAGACCUGAAGAGCUCUGAGGGUGCAGAGGAAAGAGAAGAAAUCUUUGUCAACCUAACAGGAACAAUUGGACAAAAACUACUUAAGGACAAGAAAGAACCGUUUUUCAAGGGAGACCAAAAGAGCUAUCCACAUUUCACCACGUUCCUGUAUCCAGUGCUCGGAGUUGUUUUGGGGCUGCUGUUCAUAACAACUAUUAUAACGCUGCUAGGAAAGAGGUGCAACAAGAAAAUACAGAAGAAAGCAGCGAUGGCUUUUCCCAAAUUCCUGGUUUUCAAGCCAACACAAACACACCUGUGCGAACCUCUAAAUGUGGAGGCAGAAAACGUGGCGAGGGAUCUUCAGAUCCUACCGGUCACGUCUGAUGAAGAUCCUACGACGCAACUCACCAAAUUAAUAGAGUUCUCUGAUGACGAGCCAUCAGAAGGUCAGAGUUCAGAACACUACGACAAGAACGCAGAAGACGGUGAUCUGGAGGAUAUAGACACUUCUUCCAUUGACACGGAGGCCGUAGACUCUACCGGUGGCCUAUCAUCAGGCUACGACUGCCCACAUGCCCUCAGACUAGAGAUGAGUCCUGGAGAUCUAGUAGAAGGUUAUAGAUCUUAAACACAACAUGAUGGUUUAAAGAGCCCUACAGGUGAAGGCAAGUUCCAGAAAAGACAAAAGUAGAAACCUGUAACGAUUUCCAGGAACACGGCCCGGACCAGAACAGGCAGUAAAUGCGAAACUUAAAAUUGUAAGCCUUCAAAAAACAAAUUGGAAUUUCCCUGGAAAUUCUGGUUCACGGCAUUACAAAACAAAUGCUUGAAGCAUUUGUCAUCAUGAUGAGCAUUGAUACUGUCAGAAUCAAACACCUGUUAGGCAACUACAGGAUUAUUUUCAAAAGACUUUUUUAUGUAUGCUUGUAUAUAUGAAUACAUAUUGUAUCUCAUCAUCUUUUUUGUCAAAAUGAUCUUGUGUGUUCUUGAAAGGUUUUAACAGUGCUGCUCAGGUUGUGUGACUCAUCACAUCUAGAUCAUUCUGUCUAGUUCAUCCCAAUAACUUCCGCACAAAAUACUGAAUACAGCAUUGAAGUGCAUCAGCUAACGCUAACUAGAAUAAGCUGGGUAUCAAAUACUGCUGCUGCAAUUUUGGUGUCCCAAGUUAAUGUGCCAAGUAAAUUAUUUCCACAUUAUACUCAUGAUUUUUAAAGGUGCAAUGUGUAUAUUUGAAAAGGAUGCCAGAAAUGCAAUAUAAAUUUUUUUUAAGAUGAAGCCCUUUACUGGUUUUAUUACCAUAGAAUGAGACUUUUUUAUCUCCAUACACUGCGGGUCUCCUUACAUAGAUGUCGCCGCCAUGUUUCUACAGUAGCCCUAAACAGAGUGUUUUGUCACUACGUUGCGUCAGAUGACGACAUGUUUGUCCUGUGGGGGCUACUGUAGCUUCUAAUGCAUUUCAAAAGGGGGGGACAUGUGGACUGAGCCAUUGUUGCAAUUCACCACCUCACCACUAGGGCUGUGCAAAAAUAUAGAUACAGCUAACUAUCGUGAUAAUUUUUCCAUGAUAGUGUAACGAUAUUUUAAUCUUUACUAUCGAUAUUUUAAAACCCAUCAAAUCCCUAUGUGUGCGUCAAACGACCUCCUCCGGCGCUGCUGUAGUUGUCGCUGUACAGUUGUCUGUCAUAUAUAGCCAUUCGGACAAUGUCUCAGAAGUUAGCGGGAAUGAGAAAAUGGCAGAAAAUUUAAAAAUGCCUGCAGCGACGUGUGGAAGCACUUUGGCUUAAAAAAAGGACA